AUGCCAUAUAUGAGAACGAGUUCUGUAGAAAAGUCCACGAAGAUGAUUGUCAAAUUGGCUCAGGGGUUGGUUAAGCGGACGAGGGGGGCAUAUUGGGCGUAUAAUUCGAUAUUGUGCUUGGGUCAGUUUAUCAAUCUUGGAUUUGCGUUGAUUGGCGGGUUGGCUAGGAUAUAUUCUUUAUUGGUGGAUAUACCCGGUGUGAAACCAAUUGGUGGGAUGAAUAAUAGUAUAGAAGAAGUUAUGAAAGAAGGCGGAAAGGGGGAGGAGGAAGAGGGGGAUGAUGAUAUUGGGGAGGAAGUUAAGUAUGAGCCGGAAGUAGAGCAGGCGAUUCCUGAGAAACGAAGGAGUGAGGACGGGGACGGAGAGAGUAUAGAUGAUAUCUUUGGCAGGCCGAAGAAGAAGAAGAGCAAGAAGAGUAAGGAGAACAGUAAGACGGAGACGGGUUCUAUUGAUGAUAUCUUUUCGAGUUCUCAGAAGUCAACUCCACAACCUAUAGAUGAUGCUUCUUCAAGUAUUGAUUCAAUCUUUGGAGAUACAAGCAAGAAGCAAAAGAAGAAGACAAAGACGAAAAAGAAGAAGAAAUCAAGUGCAAUUGAUGAUAUCUUUUCAUAG